ACCACAAUUUGCAACAACAACAACAACAGAAAAUCAACACAAACGCAUCGCCUCCUCCACCUGGCCGCAUGGUUUUGUCGUGGCACGAAUCUCGUCCUGGCAUUUAACGUCCGAAUCUCAACCGGUUUUAGUCAUAGUGUUAUUUUUUAUCGUGUUCUAAUUACCAACUGUCGCGUGUGCGUAUUUGCUGCCGAGAAGAAGCUCUAAACUUGGCCUUGAACCAUCAGCAUCAUCAUCAUCAUCAGUGUCUCGCGCAGCAGAAGGAAAAAUAGCGUUUAGCCCCUCUCCAAGAAUACGAUUCCGUGAAGCCGAGCGUGAGUGUGUGUCAUUUUUUUUUGUAUUGCGAAACAAUUUCAAGGGCCAAAAGAAAGGCCGAUUUGGCUGACGCAACAGCAGGGCACCGCAUCAUCCGUUCGCAAUCCAAAGUUCAGACGAUCGUCACGCCAGAACGAAGCGGACGGGCGCGCAACAGCCAGUCAGUAGUAGUCCGUGCUGAUUGGCGAGUAAUUUUGCGUGAAAUCGCUCCAAGCGACCAGUUGCUGCAGUGUGUGCGUGCCGUGUACUGAUAAGCGGACGGAAGAACAGACCGAAAGAUUCUACUGUAAAAGAAACAACCGCAUCGAUCUGGAGCAUGGUCUUCCCGGCGGCCCCGACUACGCCCGCCUCCCAAGAGUGGCGCCGAACGUACGAAACAAUCAAAGCUGGCCACGAUGAAGCGUACGCCACGAUCGAGCGUGCGAUCAAGCUCGAGGAGCACGAACGUCCCGAUCUGGCCCUGCAGGCGUACAAGGACGGCAUACGGCGCAUCGACGAAACGCUUGCCCUGCCCGUGGAAAUGCCCGACCUGGAAGUGCAGGGCCCGCAGGCAGACGAAACCUGGCAGCAGGCCGUCGCGAUGAUCCACAAGCUGAAGCGUACGCGCGGUGAAGUUCUGCAGCGCGUCGGACAGCUCGGUGGCAAUGGGUCGUCGGAAGCGGGCGGCGGUGCCGAAAAUGGCACCGGCCAGCGGCCCUGGACGUACACGGAGCUAGCGAUGGCACUGCGGGACAUGUCGGAUGCGGCGACGGCGGACGAAUCCGAUGCCGACCGGCUGGAAUUGCUGUUUUCGUGUGACGGUGUGCAGGUGUACUACAUCGAGCCGGACGGCGUGGUCAGCCGGACGAUGGCCGACUCGACGCUGCGCAUCGUGCGCAUUGAGGGCGACGAAAGGCGGCAGCUGCAGGCGACCGUGUUUCUGCAAGUGAUCGAAACAAGGUCGGCCACACGCAUCGAGAACGCGGAAGAACCGCUGGAGCAGCUCGAAUCGGUGGAGGCGAAAGAGGAGCAUGCGGACAGCAAGGGUACAGCGCCACCCGUCGGGGAAUUACCGCACCCGCCACCGGAGGAACAACGGCCCGAUGGACCGGACCGACCCGGCUUUCUCAUCUAUCCGCUCAUCCCGGGCGUAUCGCCCUGCUACCGGACGGAGUACGGCGCCUUCAUACUGCCCGAUCUGGGCGCGGACAGUGAGCGGGGCCGCGCAAUCGGGCUGGUAGUGCCGGCCGAGGCCGAUGAAGUGGUGCUGGAGAUUUUGGUCGCCUUCCUGCACGGCAUUGUCACGCAGCCGUCCAGCAGCACGGGCCCGGCCCGCGUUCGCAAGCGCUCCCUCCUGCCCGACUCGACCACCGUGUCGGCCGGCAUCAUCAAGGGUGCCUUCUACCUUUCGCAGGGCUUAGUGCGGGGCGCGGAAAAGACGGGCCAGCUCAUCGCUACCGGCACACCGUACGUUAUUUCGAAGCUGGGCCAAAAGCAGCCGGCGGCAACGGUGGCGGAAGAUGCGACCGCUUCCACCACCACCGUGCACGUGCCGAAGAACGUGCGCACCGGCAUCGAGAUUGCGAAAACGGUCACCGGUACGGCGGCGGGCGUAACGAGCUACGUGGCGGGCAAGGUCGGUACGGCCACGAUGGCACUCGGCCGCUUCCUGGCGCCGCACAUUCAGCGGCACGGCAGCGCCCUGCUCGCGUACGGGACGGGCAUGAGCGAGCAGGCCGCCUCGGAGCGCAUGAACGGUGCGCUCACGAUCUGUGCCGGCGCGGUGGAGGGGUUCGGCACGGUGUACGAGGGGCUGGAGCGGUCCGCUUCCAUCCUGGGGCAGAGCUUGAGCACCAGCACGGUCCAGAUAGUGGAGCAUCGGUACGGUACGGAGGCGGGCCGGGUGGUGGGCAGCUCGCUCGAUACGGUCGGCAACGUGAUCAAUGUCACGCACAACAUGAACUACAUCACGCCGAAGGGGUUGGCCAAACGGACGGCCAAGAAUGCGGGCAAAGCGCUCGUGGCCGGGUACAGGCCACCGGUGCCGGAGCUGGACGGUGGUGGCGGUGAGGCUGGUUCGGCGGGUGCAGGUGCUGCUGGUGCGGCGGUGGGCGAAUCGUCACGCAGCCAGCAGCGCAUCGUUCCAGCGGCCGUACUUUACCCCGAUCUGGCAGGAUUAGCGCAGGAGGUGCAGCGGAAGGCAGGAGGGCAUGAUUAAAGGCAAGGCAAGCCGAAACGAUCAAGUAAGGGAAGAGAAAGGAAGUAUAUUGAAUAGCUAGUCCCGCGGAUAGAUUUAUAUGUUGUAAAGUGAGUGGGAAAAUGUUAAAGAAGGCAAAGUUCAAAUGAAUCCAAUAGGAUUGAUUGUGUGUGUGGUAGAGGUCAACAUUGUUAUACGCUUGUUUUAAAAUAGGAAUCUCAUAUACAAUAGCUGGGGUGAUUGUUACUAUUUUACAUCGAUUAGAAAGGAUUUUUGUACAGGAUUUAAUCAAUAUUUAUCGUACCACGUAAGAACCGCGUGAUAAGAAUCUCAACUAUGAAAAUGGUCAGAUUUCAAACAGUUCUAUUCCUCCGCAACUUAAAUCACUUCUUUACCUAUCAGCACAAUGAAAUUGUACAAUACACAAUGUAACACUCGAAAUAGCUUAAGCGGUCUGGGAGAAGUCUGAAACAUUUUACUCAACAAAUAAACGAUACAAAUAUUUAAAAACAUGUUAAAAGAACGAAAACAAAUGACACACCAACACACGUGCGCGCGCGCGCUCCAUUCUGUCACGCGACUGUAAAGCCGCCCGCACCCUCGAUCGACCGUGCGCGCGUAUCCAUAGCAACGCGCCAACACGGCCAACGGCCAGCUGCACUGAAGUAGCAGGAUCGCGUGACGCAAAGUAGUGGAGGUUGUGUAGUAGCCGUGUAUUUGUGUGCUUGCGCGCGACAGGGAUGGCAGGAGCGAAGGAAACAAAGGAGGUGUCAUUCAAUACUGAUCAGUCUGUUGCCAUCUCGCUUGUUUGGUUGCCUGUACCAGAAGCGCACACCAGAAUUGGAGGUAGCUUCACGAGAGCUGAUCGGCGUUAGAUUAGACAUGGAUGACUUCAAUUUGUGUGAAAUGAAGACAUUUUUGUGUGUUCUGUUCACUCUAUCGUUUAUUACCUUCGCGCUAAUCCACAUUCGGUACUAUUAUCACCUGCGUAUAUCAUUACAACUGCCGCCUGCCUGCGCUGUUGCUUUACUUUUCCGGUACACUACUUAUGGUUAAGAGGACCGAUGUGUUCACGUGUACAUAGGUAUUGUUAUUUUCCCUAUCUUUUUUUAGGAUGCAUACCUCUUUAUUCUUUUAUGGGUCUGUUUUUUUGUCUGUUGUGGUCUCUAUAAUUCAAUAUAUAAUUCAUCCCGUUCCCACCUACGGGGGAUCGAUGUAUGUUUGCCUGUUUUGCUUUAUCAUCACCCAUCUGCCUCUUGCGAGAUGAGAACAGCGAAAGAGAGAGAUAGAGAGAAAGAGAGAGAGAGAUGCGAGCAUGUGAAAGCUAUUUAUAUAUUCAUGUAAGUUGCUGUUCUUUUGUGUACUAUAUUUAUUUACUUUGCUUUUCACAUUCUCUCUUACGCUAAAACAUUUCUUCUUUUUUUGUUUUGUUUUGUUUCAUCACAUAAACACGCGCUGCUUUCCUUCCCUUCUUCUUUAUCUCCUAUCUUUCCUUCUAUAUCUUUCUGUCUCAUUUCUUGCUUUGUUUUUAAACGGGUUAUGAAGGACGAUUUUGUUUUAUUGGAUUAGUUUCUUUUUUUAUCAUAAUUUAUAUGCUUUCUCGUUAUAUGCUUUUUCGCUUUCUAUUCCUUUUGUCUGCUGUUUACUUCACAUGUUUUGCGUUUCUUCUCAUUCUUCUCGUCCCCCCUGUGUUCAAUUUACUUUAGUCAGUAUGUAAUAAAUAUAUCUUCUUUUUUACCUUUUGCUUGAGUUUGUGUGUGUGUUUCAAUGAGAGCCUUUGUUUUCCCUUGUUGGGUGUUUUGCUAAUGUGUUUAUAGUUUCUUUUUUUAUAACGUCAGUGGUUUUUUUUUCUUUUUCAAAGGGAUUAGCUUCUUUGUUACUUUCUUUUGAUUCUAAUCCGUAAUCACCGCUUACCAGAGUUUCCAUUUUCUUUUUGUUAUUUCUCUGUUAAAAAAAAAAUACCAACACACAAUUAAGAAGCUUUCCUCUAGUGUUUUACUCAAAUCUGCAGCAUCCUCCGCCACACACACACACACACACACACACCCGGGCAGCCUUUCUCUUAGAUGUACUAAUAAAACUGCUUCAUAAUGAUCAUUUUGUAGAGUUGAUAAUAAUUCGUGCUAAGAAGAAUUAGAAAAUGAUAAUAAUUAAUAUAAUUCUAGUAACAGUCGCACAAUGUCAAUACUACUCAUUCAUCCCUUCUUCUCGCGUUUACUCCUCUGUUAACAAUUCUUCCCCUCUUGCCUUUCUCCCCUUUUCCCUGCACACUUCUCUGUACACACACACACACACACACACACACACACCCACACACACACACACACACACACACAGCACGGUUUAUGCUAGCGUCUUCCUUUUCUACUACCGCUUCCACUUGAACAGCCUUGGGUUUUGUUGUGUUGCAAGAUUGAAUUUAACGGGUUUAUCCCCUAUAUUUGAGUGUAUUUUGGGGAGGGGGGGUGGGGGGUGCAUCCUCAUACAUUCCGCCCUUUCCAAUUCAGAACAUUGUAACGGAACUAAGGAAUUCUUGCGCUGGAAACGCGGGAAAGUCUCGUGCGAGAACACACACCCACACACACACACAUACAGUCUACACCAUGAACACACUUUCGGUUAUUGAUUUUUUAUCCUUCGGCCGACACGCACAAACACACACACACGUAUGUAUAUGCAAUUGAAAUUAAAAAAAGAGAGACAGAAACACAUUCCAUUGCGUGCGUGGCGCUAAACAAAGGCGUUUGGUUUGGUGCGCAGUCGCGAAUGGAUCACCUGCAGCACAGCACGCAACAAUGCAACAAUGCAGCGCGCGUAACAUAAUGCUCAUUCAUUGUACAUGAUUCACUUUCCUUCCUAGAGAGGGCAUCUGUUUCCAUGUUAUGUUUUGUCAUCUGCAUUGCGGUUUCCUUUCGAUAAAGUUUCUCUUUUUACACGCAUGCACGCACACACACACACACACACACACACACACACGCACAACUUAACACAUACACCUUAGUUUGUUUUAGUUUUUUUCUUCUUCUUUUUAUAUGUUACACUCAUAAGUUCAGACCAUUUUCUGUUUUGCUUGUGUUGUUGUUGCUCGAGAGAGGUUACAAUUACAUUCUGUGCUCACGUUUCCUGUGUUUGCUUUUUUCUUUCUUUCUUUCUUUCUUUCUUUUUGCUUUAUUCAAUCAUUUACUGCUACUUCGGUUUUUGUGGGGCUUUUUUUCUUCUUCUUUUUCUGCUAAUGAAUCAGUCCCGUUUGAUCUGUCCUGCCUUCUUCAUCACAAAGGGUGGCAUCGUGUGUUUUUCUCUUGUUUUUUGUUCUUCUUCUUUGUUUUAGGGCUGUUUUAGAGAUUUCGAAACUUUUUUUCUACUUUUCCUUUGUUUCUUUCCAAUUUUCCUGUUCCUUUUGUUCAUUUUCCCUCUCUCUCUCUCUCUCUCUCUUGUUCUCAAUUCAUGUUAUUUCUUGCUCUCUCGCUUUCUCUCGCUCUCUUCCUGUUUCUUCUACAACAAGGCUAAGACAAGCGUCGAUUCCAUCCUCGGCUGGACUUAGCAAUACUGAGUCAGAAAACGAGCUAAACGCAGGUUUAGACUAAUGCGAUCGCUGUGCAAAAAAAAACGGAGAAUAUGACGAAUUUUCUUCGUCACACUUCCUGCAGCAAUUUCUUUGAGGCAGGCACAAUCGCAGUUGGCUACUAGAAUAAGCAAGAGAGAAAACAAGGUAAAGAGAAAAAGAUCAAGCGAGAGAGAUAGAGAGAGAUGUUAGCGAAGAACCAAGAUAGACGUCAAAACAUAUACACGCAAUGGGUGCUGGCCGUUCCGUGUCUUGUGUUUCGCGCAUCCUGUGCCUCUCUCCCAUCGAUCGUAGUGAACCGAUUUCAACUGCAAGGUAAACCAAUCUUUCUUUUCCUUCAAUUACACUGUGCAGAAGCCCGGCGGCUGCUGCAAAAGCCACGAUUGCUGUUGCAUUGUUUACUUCAUAUACUAUGUAUUAUUUUAAUAAAUAAAAUGGAACGGGCAAGCGCCAGGAUGAAAUUCCGAAAAGGUGGAAGGGGGGGGGGGGGGGAGGGGG